AUGCUAUAAUUUAGAGGAUUCAUUAUUUUCGAUUUAAAGAGAUCAGUAUUUUUCUUUGAAAUGCGAAGAGACAUUGAAGUGGACUGUAAGUGGUUUAAUUUGCAGAAGGAAAUUCGAAAAAAAUUAAUUGAUUAAGAUGUUUUAGAGGAUAAAGUCUUUGAGAUGUCCUCUGCAUAUGGAAAAGUAAGAGGGAAAUUCGACAACUUUUAAAGUAUUUGCAUUCAAGUAUCUAUAGAAAGGUUUUUGAUUCUGAUAGCCUCAAAUUCAGUUGAGAAUAUUUAUUUAGCUGAACUAUUAAAUGAAAUAUUCGCCAUUUUAAUCGUCCAAGAACAUUAUAAUAAGGUACAUCACAUCUAAUAUACAGUUCUUCAAAGAAGAGUUAGAAUCCUAAGCCUUUUUUGAUGUUGAAAAGAAAAUUUAAGAAAAAGAAUAUUAUUUAAACUAAACCUGCUAUUCAAAGCAUGCUGCCCCCAGUCUAUUCUAAUAAAUUUAAUUAUAUAAAGAACUUUCAAGUUCGAAUGAUUUAGAUCAAUUAUUGGAUGAAAAGCAAUACUAAGACUCCUAGUCCUAAAAGUAAAUAAUUUUCAAAGGAUUCACAAUUUUUGAUACACAUCGAUAAUGCUUUUAUAUGUUAAUAAAGAGAGGCUUCGCAAAUGACAAUUAGUGGAAGCUGUAAAGAAUGCAGAUAUAACAAUUUCUACUGCAGAGAUCAAAGACACCAAUACAGCACUUCUUUUGGAAUUCUGAAAUGGGAUAAUUUUUAUUUGAGUAUGAUAUUUAGGCAAGUAAAUAAAUAAAUUAUGUAGAAAAUUAUUUUAUACUGAUUACAAAUUCAACUGCAGCCUAACAUCCACAAUCCCUUUUGCUUUAGAAAUUAAAAACCCUAGUUUAAAGAAUACCAAAUUAUUAAAAAGUAAAAGAAAUACAAUAAUUAGCUAAAUAAACCAGAAUUAGAAAAUACUUUGAAACAGUAAUUAGUUGGAGUAAUUGAAGCUGAAGAAAGAAUAUAUUAUCAAGCAUACUAUCCUAAUUGUAUUGAAAAAGAGAAAAAAAUAAAUAGAAAAAUAAUAAAACAAAGAGGACUCACUGAAAUUUCAUUUAAAAAUGACGGAGUGAUGGGCUGUGAUGAAUUUUCUUUAACUGACUAUCUAAGUUAGAGAGAUAAAUUUGUCCCUGAUCUUUUUUGA